UUCGUAGGACUCAAUGCUCUACCCUUUGAUCCGGCCACCAACAACGACCCCCUUCACUUUAACAGCUCCAGCGGAUCGCUGGUGACAGAGUGUCCACCUUUGGAAAACGCAUCUGAAAACAGCAAGAAAAGGAAACGAGCCAGCCAGCCUCCAGAGGGAAUCCACAACAUGACCAUGGAGUCCAACUCCAUAUCCAUGCCCAUGUCAGACCCCAACGCCUGGGCCACUGCCAUGAAUAACCUGGGAAUGCCUCCAAUAGGUAUCACAGGGCAGCCUCUGAUGCCAGAUUUUGACCCCAACCUCGGGAUGAUGACCGGGAUCACCCCCAUAAACCCCUUGAUGCCCGGCCUCGGCAUGGUGCCUGCGCCCCUGUCACAUGAUGUGCCUGUCGUCAAGGAGAUCAUUCACUGCAAGAGCUGCACCCUCUUCCCUCCUAACCCCAAUCUCCCUCCUCCAGCAACCAGAGAGCGCCCUCCAGGUUGCAAGACGGUGUUUGUCGGCGGCCUGCCCGAGAACGCCAAUGAACAGCUCAUCAUGGAAGUGUUCGGACAGUGUGGCGAUAUCACGGCCAUUCGCAAAAGCAAGAAAAACUUCUGUCAUAUUCGAUUCGCCGAAGAGUUCACGGUAGACAAGGCUCUCUUCUUGUCAGGUUAUCGUAUUCGUCUGGGAUCCAGCACAGACAAAAAAGACACCGGCCGUCUCCACGUGGACUUCGCCCAGGCCCGGGACGACCUCUACGAGUGGGAGUGUCGCCAGCGCAUGAUGGCCAGAGAGGAGCGGCACCGGCGCAAGAUGGAGGAGGACCGCCUCCGACCGCCCUCGCCCCCUCCCAUCGUGCACUUCUCAGAACAUGAGUGCAGCCAGCUGGGCGACAAGAUUAAAGAUGAUAGCAAGUUUGCCGAGGCAGUGCGCGUGCUGCUGACGUGGCUGGAACGAGGCGAGGUCAACCGCCGCAACGCCAACAGCUUUUACUCCAUGAUCCAGUCGUCCAACAGCCACAUCCGCCGCCUGAUGACGGAGAAGAGUCAGCAUGAAAAGGAGAUGGAGGAGGCCAAGGACAAGUUCAAGACAGCACUGUCUGGCAUAUUGGCUCAGUUUGAGCAGAUUGUGUCUGUAUUCCAAGCCGCUUCCAAACAAAAGGCAUGGGACCAUUUCUCCAAAGCGCAGCGCAAGAACCUGGACGUAUGGCGCAAGCAAGCAGAGGAGAUUCGAAAUAUGCACAAUGAGCAGCUGAUGGACAUCCGGCGCGAGGAGGAGAUGGAGAUGUCCGACGACGACAUGGAGGAGGCGCCAGACAGCAAAGACUCAGAGGACUCAGGCGUGCUUCAAGCCGAGGCCUUGAAGGAAGAGAACGACUCACUGCGCUGUCAGCUGGACGCUUACCGUAACGAGGUGGAGCUGCUCAAGCAGGAGCAAGGCAAGAAUCAGCCAAUGAGGAGCGAGGAAGACAGCACGCACACUCAGCAGCUCAGCUUCCUCCAGCAGGCGCUGCAAGGCAUGCAGAAGCAACUCUUGAAGAUGCGUGAUGAGCUGAAGCAGCGGGAGUGCGAGUUGGAGAAGAGUCUGGAGGACAGACAGCAGCUCAAACAUCAAGUUCACACACUGAAGGAAGGACUCCAAAACAUACAGAAGACACAGCAUGCGUUAGCGCUUGAACGAUCCAAACAAGACGACAGAGGCAGCGAGGAGGCAGCUAAUCAAACCAAUGAAAGUACAACAGUGUCUUGUUGUCAGGAGAGGGAAGGGCCAACACAGAGAAGGUCACCAAGUCCUGUCCACUCAGAGAGAGAAGUUCUACUCGUCGGGAUCAUCUCCACUUUCCUGCACGUGCAUCCCUUUGGAGCUAGCAUCGAGUACAUCUGCUCCUACCUGCAGCGCCUCGACACCAAGAUCAACCCAACUGAGGUGGAGGCUCUUCUCUCGCGGCUGCCCUGCACCUUCAGGCAGGAGCUGACGGGCGUGGGCGCCAGUCUGGAGAAACGUUGGAACUUCUGCGGAUUCCAGGGCAUCAAGAGCACGUAA